AUGCCGUAUAUCAAUCCUGCCGGAAAAUAUGAUUUGUUUGGCAACCGCCAGCGUCGAGAGUUUUUAUCGAGUGCGAGGGCGCUCAUGAAAAAAGCCGAACAACUAUAUCCUGGCCAGUGCUACAAAAUGAUGACUGAAGUCGGAGAAUACACAGUCAUCCAUCCUUCGCUCUUGAACGAGAUUCGGAACGAACCCAACUUGAGCUUUUUGAAAGCUUUUGCCGCCAACUUCCAUCCUCACUUGCCCGGAUUCGAUGGUUUUGCAGUCGGAGGCCGCGACGAUGAGUUGAUACAGAGGGUAAUCAAGAAGCAAUUGAACAAGCUCCUUAAUCAAAUUACGCAGCCUCUCUCGGAGGAGGCAGUUUUUGCCAUGAAUGUCCAACUUGGUAACUCGACAGAUUGGCGGCAAAUUCCUAUCAAAGACGCACUCCUCGAUAUUGUCGCCCGCCUCUCUUCUCGCGUAUUUCUCGGCGAUGAAUUAUGCCGUAAUCAAGACUGGCUGGAAAUUGCCAAAGCAUAUACUGUCCACGCUUUCCUGGCUGCUGAGGUUUUACGAAGCUACCCCAGCCCUAUCCGGUCAUUUAUCCACUGGUUUCUUCCAGAAUGCCGGAUUCUGCGUAAAGAUAUCCAGGAGGCUAAGCGAAUCAUCGGUCCCGUCCUGUCCAGACGCAACAAGUUGGGUCUAGAAGCUUUGAAAAACAACACACCAGCUCCUGAAUAUGACGACGUGUUCAGUUGGCUAGAAGAGGAGAGUCAGGGAAGCAAAUACGACCCAGUUGGUGCCCAGCUUGGAUUCUCGCUCGUGGCAAUCCAUACGACUACAGAUCUGGCAUGUGAGACCAUGGUGAGAAUAGCUCAAAAUCCCGAGUACUUCUCGCUUCUUAGGAAAGAGAUAGUCGAAGCUCUACAGGCCGAGGGAUGGAAAAAGUCUGCGCUGUUCAAUAUGAAGCUUCUUGACAGUGUCAUCAAAGAAGCCCAACGACUGAAACCAAUCACUUCAGCUGUCAUAAACCGUGUGGCGACAAAGACUGUCAAACUUUCGGAUGGCACAGUCAUUCGUGAGGGCGAAAGCUGUGUCGGAACAACAUGGCAAAUGUAUCACCCUGAGGUGUACAGCCAUCCAGAAACGUUUGACGGCCAUCGUUUCGAGCGAAUGCGCGGGAUAUCUGGCUUGGAUAGUCAAGCACAUCUUGUUAGCACCUCGCCAAAACAUCUUGGCUUCGGCCUCGGUCUGCACGCAUGCCCUGGGCGGUUCUUUGCAGCAAACGAAAUAAAGAUCAUUUUGUGUCAUCUCCUCCUCAAGUACGAGUGGAGGUUGGUUCCUGAACGCACGCUACGAACUAUUGAUCACGGAUUUGCGUUGAACUCAGACCCCAUGGCUGAAAUCGAGAUAAGGAGCCGCAAUGAGAUUGAGAUUGACUUAUGA